GGCCCUAUUUUAAUAUCUGUUUACAUAUCUAAAUUUAUAAACUAACGUAUACCGAGUUCACCUCAGUAAUAAAGCAACGACGAUAGACGAAAGUUCUCUUCGGAACUUGACAAAUAUUACGUGACCAAGCGGUUGUAAUUUAGCAAUAGAAUCUAAAACGAAAGCCUUUGGCCAAUAUAACUUUUAAAAUGGAAUGUGAAAUGAAUGAUAAAUAUACAGCUGGAAUAGAGUUGUCUAACAAAUGUAGAGAAUUUUACCACAAAAGAAUGGAAACAGCAGAAAAUGUGAAACAAAGACUUUCUCCAGUGCCAGGAAAAGAACGGAAAAGAUCUUCAAUUGACGAGGCGAUGGAAAAACUGGGAAAUGAAAUGGCUUCUCUUAUGGACCAAGACCUAUCAUUAAUGAAACAACUUUUAACUCUCAACGAAGCCAUAGAAGAUUUGAAGUGGCGAAGCAGAAAUAACAGCAGAUCAUUCUCUACAAGCUCAUGUGAUCUUAGCGAGUCAGAUAUAUCCUUAUCAGACACAGACAUGGUAUUCCAAUCUGAAGACGAGGAGGUGAAAACAAGUUCAUCAGAAAACCACAAAUGUGACUCAGUGGAAACAAAGUGUGACUCUGUAACAUACCAAUUAGACAAUUCAAAAGUUUUAAACAAUCAAAUGAAUAACGACAAACUGUGGACGACGGGAAAUCUGCUGGAAGAAGUCAGUCAAAAAUUGUUGGACCUUGAUGGCUCGUGUGAUUCUGGUAUUAAUAUUGAAUAACAAAACAAUGUGCAAACUAUAUGUUUAAAUAGUUAUUUAAAUUGCAACAGGAGUUAGAUCGAGAUAGCUGGCGAUUGAAACAUGGAUUACCAUAGGCGUUGUAUAGACUGCUCACAAAUCCUAAUAAUUGUAAGACAAUAGUUAAAAUUGUUCUGAUCCUAUUGUCCUCAUGGUGACUGAUAAAAGAUUUGCAAUCGGUGCGAUGAAAAUUUACUAUAAUUAAGCUUUAUGGAUAUUUCAGUGUAAAAUGCCUCAAACAUGACAUAUGAAACAAUGAAGAAAUUUAGAAAGAUUCUGAAGGCCCAAAAAUUCGCCAGCUAUCUCUUUUGCUAUAAUUAUGAAUUUGUAUUUCGACACACCUUUCAUUAAGGGUAGUAUUAUAACGAUUGGCUCUUUGUCAUGAAAUUUAACUAAUCAUAAUACAAAUUCAUAAUUAUUAUAUGAAAAAUUUAUGCGAGGCCUAAUUCAGAUGGAACAAUACUUAAAAAAAUGUAGAAAGUCACCAUGAUGAUCGUAAAAAGUUUGUUAACACUUUUUACCAGGAAUAGAUGAUAUCAAUAUAAUGACUUGAUAUUUUGGAAUUACAUCUUGCAAAUUAUUAAGUUAUUUUGUUUUAAAUGUUAGAUCUAAAUAUUUUUCAGCACAUAUAACAAAAGAAAAACUUACAAAAACGUGCAUAUACAUUUUUUUGGGGGGUUGGGGGUGGGGUGUCACGAGAGAAGUAUGUCGAGUGAAACAUAGAAUGCAGAAAUUAAGGAAAACCUUUGAAACUUGAAUAUUUCGCAUAGGGAGAAAUAAUAAUUUUGUCUGUUACCUAGGUAGCAAUUUCGAUUUUUUUAAAGGUAGCCCAAUAAAUGUAAUGUAGUCUCCCUACUGUAUAGUAGAAAACUACUAUAAUACUGCAUUAUUGUUGGCCGGAUUAAUUUCCUUUGUGAUAUUCUGACGUCAUGAAUAAACAGUCUAAUUUGAAAAUUCUUAAAAAUUGUAUGACAAUGCAUAAACAUUCAAAAUGUAUUGAAAUAGUUCUUGUUUAUUUCAGUAUAAAUGCGAUAGGAAAAUAAGGUUUUUUGUAGCUGAUAAAAACUUAUUUUGAUGUUGAUAUUCAACGGCGCUAAACUUUUCUAAUUACACAUGUAUACCGUUUUUGUUGUAUAAGUACCAGAUAACCUUAUUGAACAUUUCUUUUAUAGUAGACAAAAACAAAUAUCCUUGUAACAAAUGUAUUUUGUAAAACAAGAUUUUUCAAUAGUCUUAAAAGUUCCUUAUUUUUUCUCGAAUUAAAUUCUAAAAAAGUAAAAUGUAGAAAGCAUGAUAAAAUAUGUGUUUCUUAGAUUGUAUAGAGUUUGCUACCGCUAUGACUGUUUCGUGUGUUUAACAUGCUUUUAAAACGCACAGGGAAAGUGAAGAUGUAAAUAAUUGUGUUUGAUCUUCCAAUUCAAAAUUGUCUGUUUAUUUUGUACUAGUUAAAUUCAAACAAUUUUGGGUUAAGUUUAUUCUGUUUUGAUUUUAAAUUGUUCUGUAAACAAACGUUUAAAUUAAAAUAAUCCUUAUGCAGAAAUUCAAUAAGGUAAAAUCUAUACUGAGGUCUAAUUUCUCUAUGUUAGAGAUUGUUAUGAGGACAUGCGAAUCAAUAAUAAAUAUCAAACUUGCGUCAUGUUAAUAGUUUUUUUUUACUUUUUCCUACAAUUUCUCACAGAUGCUAAAUAAAUAUGGGACAAAUGAAAAUAAGAAUACUAUUAUUGACAUUUACCUACAGAUCUUUGAAGUUUUAUUUUCAAACCUUGCAAAUUUGUAUUAUGUAUUUUCUUAUAUAUCUCCUUUAAAAUUAAAAUCAUAUAAUUUGUACUUUCAAAUAACGUUUGUCGAACAAAAUGAAAUAUUUUUAACGAAUCCUCUUUUCUUCCUCAUUAACCAACUUAUGUUGUCAUUUAUUAGUCAUAUAGCUUCUAAAUAGAAAAUUAAUUUCAAACUUUUGCAUUGAACAAAAAUGGAUUACAUUAAAGUUCAAAUCCUAGGAAAAAUGAAUAUGAUCAAUAAAUUCUACUUGAAAGUACAUUUUACGAGGUGUUUCUAACGUGGAGAAUUUUUAAUUGUAUCUUUAACAAAAUAAAUCUUUGGAAAACA